AGCAGUUCCCCUCCUCCUGCCAGCUCAUGGCCGUCGCUCUCCGCUUCCCCAAAGGCGCCCGCCCGGCUCAGCCCACGUCCAUCACCGUGACCUCCCUUCCUUCCCCCCCCCCCCCCCCCCCGCCGCCUCCGCGUCCGUGUCUGUUUGUCUUUCCAGCCCCACUCGUCGCAGGCCAGUCAUGGGGUGUUGACUCUGCACAUUCCUUCCCAGCCGAGCCCGCCGCCGCCGGUCAUUAAGCGGGGCUGACACACGCUGCUGUCCCCACUCCGGGGCCGCUGUGCUGGGCUCCAGCUGCUGAUAACUUCGGUGACUUUGAGGAGGGGGGAAAGGUGACCUUGGGUGACUGGCACCGCUUGGGAAUGGAGGUGUGGAUUAACGCCGGUCCCAGCUUGGGGAUAAAAGCAUCGACGUCUGCCAGGUCCUGGCUCUCCCCAGGCAGCUCCGGGACUCACCCUGAUCCUUCCUGCACCAUGGCAUUGGCGUGGUCCUGCUGGGUCCUCCUGCUGCUCCUGCCUGCCCUGACUCACACUGGGGGGCCUGGCCCUGUCCUUGUCAACCGCCCCUUCGUCACCGUCUGGAACAUCCCCACGGAGCACUGUGCCGAGAAGUACAAUGUCACCCUCAACCUGGAGGUCUUUGAUGUGUUGGCCAACGACCAGGAGUCCUUCACCGGGCAGGACAUCACCCUCUUCUACAGCAACAAGUUGGGUCUCCUCCCCUACUACACAUCUGAGGGGGUGCCAGUGAAUGGGGGGCUCCCCCAAAAUGCCAGCCUGGAGGCUCACCUCCAGCAGGCCACCCAGGACAUCAAGGUGACCCUGCCCAGCCCUGCCUACAGUGGGCUGGCUGUCAUUGACUGGGAGAAGUGGCGCCCGCUGUGGGUCCGCAACUGGGAUUCCAUGAAGAUCUACCAGGAGAAGUCAGAGGAGCUGGUGCAGCAGCAGCACCCACAGUGGCCCCCCGAGGAGGUGGAGGAGGUGGCCAAGCAGCAGUUUGAGGAGAGCGCCCGCAAUUUCAUGAGCGAGACCCUGCGGCUGGGUGAGAGCCUCCGUUCCAACGCCUACUGGGGUUUCUAUGGUUUCCCCGACUGCUACAACAACCACUUUGACAGCCUGCCCUACAAUGGGACAUGCCCAGAGGUGGAGCAGCAGAGGAACAGGAAUCUGUCCUGGCUCUGGAAUAGCAGCCGGGCACUCUACCCCAGUAUCUACCUGCCCCUCUCCCUCAAUGGCACCAACAAGGUGCUCCCCUACGUCAGGCACCGUGUGGCUGAAGCUUUUGCUGUCCAGCGUGGCGUCCUUGACAGCGGCAUCCCCGUCCUGCCCUACUCUCAGAUUGCCUUCGAGCUCACUGUUGACUUCCUUUCCCAGGAGGACCUGAUGAACACCAUCGGGGAGAGCGCAGCUCAGGGUGCUGCUGGCAUCAUCCUCUGGGGCAGCCUCAACUACAGCGCCUCCAAGGAGAUGUGCCUGAGACUGAAGGACUACGUGGAGGGACCUCUGGGCCACUACAUCGUCAAUGUGACGGCCAGUGCUGAUCUGUGCAGCCAGAGCCUGUGCUCCGGCCACGGGCGCUGUGUGCGCCAGGAGAACAAGCAGGGCUUCCUCCACCUUGACCCCUUCCGCUUCACCAUCGAUCUGCACGCUGCCAAGCCCUGGCUGGUGGCUCAGAGCCUGGAGUCUGGUAAUGAUGUCUCCCAGCUGGAAAAGGAGUUCAGCUGCCAGUGCUACAAUGAGUGGCAGGGACCGCGCUGUGACACCCAGGGCUUCUCCGAGUGACCCACCCCAAGGACAGCAGGUUUGAUAGGGUGACCCUACCUUGUGCCCCAGCACUCUCACCAUGGGGUUGGGAGCCUGGCUGUGGGGCUGUUAAUAAAAGCAGAAAGCACCCACAA